UUUCAAAUUUAGUUCCUUCCCUUUCACCUUUCUAUCAUCUGUCUAUCAUCUAUAUUUAUAUUUAUAUAUAUAUCCCCGAAUUCAAUACAUACAUAUACAUAUAAAAAUCAUCAAACCCUAAUUAAUUAAUUAAUUACAUUCAUUAAUACAUAUUUAAUUAGGGUUAGCUCUGUGAUUUAACCACCGGACCAAUAUCAUUUCUCCCAUUAUUUCCAUCACAUUUUAUCAGGAUAAACAGACUGCAACUACUUUUUAGUUUUUACAAUAUCUAGAUGGGACUUUGCUUCUCUUCGAGCCCGACAGAAGAUGAUGAGCCUACUAGUCAUCCUCACUUUGCUGGAGGUAAUGUGACUCUCAUCACUACCAAGGAUGCUUGGGACCGAAAGGUCUCAGAAUCAAAGACGCAAGGCAAAAUAGUGGUUGCCAACUUCAGUGCAUCUUGGUGUGGUCCUUGCAAAUCGAUUGCGCCGUACUACAUUGAGCUUUCAGAGCAACAUCCUUCUCUUGUAUUUCUGACGGUAGAUGUUGAUGAAUUAACGGAGUUUAGCACACAAUGGGAAGUAAAAGCUACUCCUACAUUCUUCUUUCUUAGAGAUGGGCAACAAUUCGAUAAGCUUGUGGGAGCCAACAAGCCCGAACUCCAGAAAAAGAUAACCAGCAUUGUGGAUUCACAAGUCCCCGCUGGUCAAAAGUAACCAUGAUUUGGUCAAUGAUUGUUCAUUGUCGUCAAUCCGUGUACACAACUCUUAAUCUUUUUGUACGAGUAUUGUAUAUGCUUAUGUAAAGCUUAUAAAGGCAUUGUCUUUGGUUGUUUGAUGGCAUAUACAUAUUACCAGAAACAAGUCUCUAAACUUACUGUUUGUUUACUUCA